CGCUGCCGCGCGACAGGGACGGGACGAGGCCGUAAAGCCACGCCGAGCCGCACUGCCUCCCGGGGCGCCCUUGGGAAGACCGUGGGUCAUGGCUGGCGGGGCGCGGGGCUGCGGGGCCAGCCUGGACCUGCUCCGGUCCCUGCCGCGAGUGAGCCUGGCCAACCUGAAGCCCAACCCCGACUCCAGAAAACGGGAAAGACGUCCAAGAGACCGGAGGAGAGGGAGGAAAUGUGGCAGAGGCCACAAAGGAGAAAGGCAGAGAGGAACUCGGCCCCGGCUGGGUUUCGAGGGAGGGCAGACUCCAUUUUACAUCCGGAUCCCAAAAUACGGAUUUAAUGAAGGACAUAGUUUCAGGCAUCAGUAUCAGCCUUUGAGUCUCAGGAGACUGCAGUAUCUCAUUGAUUUAGGGCGAGUUGAUCCAACUCAGCCUAUCGACUUAACCCAGCUUGUCAACGGCAGAGGCGUGACCAUCCAGCCACUUAAGAGGGAUUAUGGGGUCCAGCUGGUUGAAGAGGGUGCUGAUAUUUUUCAAGCAAAAGUGAAUAUUGAGGUGCAGUUGGCUUCAGAAUUAGCCAUUGCUGCAAUUGAAAAAAAUGGCGGUGUCGUUACUACAGCCUUCUAUGACCCAAGAAGUCUGGAAAUUCUGUGCAAGCCUGCUCUGUUCUUUCUACGGGGACAGCCCAUUCCAAAGCGAAUGCUCCCUCCUGAGGCCCUGGUGCCCUAUUACACGGAUGCGAAGAACCGGGGGUACCUGGCUGACCCCGCCAAGUUUCCUGAAGCAAGACUUGAACUCGCGAUGAAGUAUGGCUACGUUCUUCCUGAUAUCACAAAAGAUGAACUCUUCAGAAUGCUCAGCGCUCGGAAGGAUCCAAGGCAGAUUUUCUUUGGUCUUGCUCCUGGUUGGGUGGUGAAUAUGGCAGAUAAGAAAGUUCUGAAGCCUACAGAUGAGAAUCUCCUCAAGUAUUACAGCUCCUGAACUCUCUUCCAGCAAAGCAGACAUGGUGAGACAGGCUGAGAAGAGGCUCUUGUGGGUCUCAAAUCCUCGGGGUUGUUAAUAGCUGUCAGUGUGGUCAGAUCUGAAACUGAAUCACAGGCAGCAAAAUCUGCACAGAACUGAACCUUUAUGGGUGUUUGUCUCAACAAUUCAAAAGGUGACGGUCCUUAGAAAAAGGUCAUUAAAAAAUUACUUAAAAUCACCUCUUUACCACCCUUUUUGUUUGUUUGUUUUGAGGCAGGGUUUCUCUGUGUAGCCCUGACUGUCGUGGAACUCACUCUGUAGAAGAGGCUGGCCUCGAACUCACAGAGAUCCGCCUGCCUGUCUCUGCCUCCCAAGAGCUGGGAUUAAAGGUGUGUACCACCAUUGCUCAGCCUAAUUUUAACUACUCUAAAACAUCUUCCUGUCCAUCUUUUCAUGGUCUUUCUUACCUGUUUUGUCAGAAUGAAGGACAAAUGUAUAGGGUUGAUUAGUAGGCCUGGGAGCAGGUGCUACAGAGCUAAGGCAGUAGCCCCAGGGAAGCUUUGCUACCACUCCUUAGGAUUGUGAGUCCCCAGCAGGGAUGGAGAUGCUCAGAAUGAGGCUGACAGCUGGUGAGUUACUACAAAGGCGCAUAUCAGCAGUGGAGGCAGAGAAAGGAAGAUCACAAAUGAAUUAAUUUUCUCAGCAGUGGUAAAUAUAGAUAGUGGUCAAGCCAUUAGCAUUUUUCUUGAAGAUAGUGUUCCAGUUGAUAAAAAUUUAUUUCAGACCUCAAGACAUUUCAGUUAAGUUUAGAAAAUUACUCAAAGAUUAUAUAAGUCACAUAAGCAAAUGGAAAUAAGGACAGUAUUGAGUUCAGUGCUUUACAUAACUAUUAGUAAAUUGAUUAGUUCAUCAAUCUCUUUUGGAUUUGGGGUCCUCACUAAGUCCGUGGCUAGCCUAAAACUCUGUAUGUAAACCAAACUGGCCUCAAACUCAGUUCCACCUGCCUCUGCCUUCCAAGUGCUGGGAUUAAAGGUGCGUGCCACCACUGCCUGACAAUAUGUGUCUGCUUUUAGAAAUAUUUUACCGUAAAGCUAGUUUAUUUUAUGCUUCCAGUAUUAGGUAUCUUUUUUUGUUUUGUUUUGUUUUUUUGUUUUUUUCCAGACAGGGUUUCUCUGUGGCUUUGGAGCCUGUCCUGGAACUAGCUCUGUAGACCAGGCUGGUCUCGAACUCCCAGAGAUCCGCCUGCCUCUGCCUCCCAAGUGCUGGGAUUAAAGGCGUGCGCCACCAUCGCCCGGCUCAGUAUUAGGUAUCUUAAAGUAUACAUUUGAGGGCUGGAGAGAUGGCUCAGGGAUUAAGAGCACUGGUUGCUCUUCCAGAGGUCCUGAGUUCAGUUCCCAGCCACCACAUGGUGGCUCACAACCAUCUAAAGUGAGAUCUGGCGCCCUCUUCUGGCCUACAGGCGUACAUACAGGCAGAACACUAUACAUUAAUACAUCUUAUAAAAAGAUACAUGUGGAUAGUUUAAGGGGAAAGUGAGAAUAGUCCACAGUGGAGACUGGGAAGAAUACAGGUACAAAGAAUAUGUGCUUUAAUUGUCAGCAGUGAGUCCCUAUGGGUUAAGAGUGGGUUUAUUUUGGGCUGGAUAUCAGCUGUUCACAACCAAAACUUCAAGAAUUGAGUACAUUUUAUUUUUACAUCUGGAAAAAAAUUCUUAAAAUGUCAUAUCAGAACAAAAGUUCUUGUUUUGAACAUGAGGUAGUAUUGAAGUAUUUUAGUUUUGUAGCUCAACAUAGCUUCAAACUUGUCAUGUAGUGGAGGGCAGCGUGGAACUCCCGCCUGUACCUCUUUAGUGCUGGGGUUACAGAAUGUCUGCCUCCACACCCGGCUGUUGAGGUUUAACAGGACCAAAAGUCCACAUUCUGCUGCUGCUGCACCCCUGCUUCACCUCCUUAAACCAAAGUGCAGUGCCAGUCUGUAAAGCAGCGAGUGUGUAACAGCUACACUGCAGUGUCUUUCCCACCCUCCUGUGCACCAGCUCUUCACGCCGGGUGACACCACCUUCCGCUGCCUCCAGCUGCAGCAGCUCAGUGACACAGAUGCUUCCUUGACCUGGAGAGAAUUUUGACCUCAGCCUAUCGGCAUAGAAAUAAAUUGCCUGAGAUGUAAAGACCUCCUGUGUCGUAGCUGUGUGUGUAGUAAAGGAUCCCGCUUGCCAUGCUGGGCCCUAGGUGAGUUACUGCCUCAUCAUAUUGUCCAUGGCUUUCCUUUGGUGAUGCCGUUUACAGUUGUGGGCCUCAGCCACUGCGUCCACAGGAAGUGGGAGAGGAUGUUAGUCACCUCACGGGAGAACACUGCUGCCUUCCAUCCCAGAUGUCCUG